AUGGAGGAAAUAAGGAGCAGUCAAUCAAAGAGCAACAAAAGGGGUCAGAACAGUCCAACAGUGGUUCUCAAGCUGGAAUGUGCCUCCAAGCACAUUGAUAAACAUGUAGACUCUCAGCCCAGCUCCAGGGACCGCCUACAGCUACGUAGGCAGAACGAAGAAGAGGAUCGCAGAUUACAGUUGCUCCUUCAAAGACAGAGAGCCCUGAGACUAUCCCGAGAAUUACGGCUGAGUAUGCUCGAAAUAGUUCAUCCAGGUCAGGUGGAGAAAUAUAAUUGGGAAAUAGAAGAGAAAUCAGCAUUGAUUACCCAGAAACAUUGAAGAGGGUACAACGAAAGGAAAAAUUUUCGCCAACAGAGGCCAUCUCUCACGGAGAAUAAAGCAGCUGUCAUACUUCAGAGAGCAACUCUUAAAUUUCUAGCGUGUCGUAAGAAAAAGAAACCAUUUGCUUCUUGGCAAGGACUCCAAGAUCUCACUGAUGUACGCAGAGUUGAACUGAAGCAACAAGUGGAUGACUAUCUUCGAAGACAUCCGAGCUCUCAGAUGUCAGAUGUGACUAGCAAAGAGCUCCAUUCCCAAGCUCAAGAACAACUGCAACAUUACCUUACAGGCAGAGCCCUAGAAGAGAGAGCCCAGCAGCACAGGGAGGCUCUGAUGGCUCAGAUCAGCACCAACAUUGAACAGUUGAUGAAGGCACCAAGUCUGAAGGAAGCAGAAGAGAAGGAACCUGAGCUCUUCCUAAGUAGAUCCAGGCCUGUGGCAGCCAAGGCCAAGCAGGCCCAUCUCACCACUCUGAAACAUACACAAGCACCCUGGUGGAAGAAGCUUGGGGAAGAAGCUGGAGAGGAGAUUGAUGUCCCAAAGGAUGAGCUUAGUGUAGAACUAGGAACUUUACUCAUUGGUGGAACCAAACCCCCUUGGGGAGCUACCCAAAGAAAUGACACUUAUUUCAGGAGAUUAUAUUGGUUCUGCCUCUGGCAUGCCAGUAGACUAGAGCUAUCCUAACUCAUGGUUUUCCAGAUUCUUCUCCAGGUAAGAUUUUCAGGCAGUAAGAAAAGAGUUACCUUCUACCUCUAUCUCAGUUCUCUUUUUCCUUUUCCACAUCAACAUACCAGGCCACACACAAAUUAGUAGGGCUUUUAUUGUGGAACUAACCUC